AUGAAGACACGGUGCAGCCCAAAAUUUGUUAGAUCCGUCAGACAAAAACAGGAUGUUACAUUUGUGUCGCAACAGGACCAGCAAUAUUGGAUGAAUAAUUCUCAACAUGCAGAAGCAGGACCUAGCAGGAGCAGCGGCGACGGAUACGUUGCAGAGGGACAUGGUGGGGGUCAAAAUGAUGACUUUGAUUCAUCAGAUGAGGAUGAUGCAUCAGACGGGACUUAUGUAGAAAGCGAAGAAGAAGUUGACUACCAAACUGAUGUGUCUGACGAAACCGACUUAGAAGAUGAAGAACAAGAAGCAGACGCAGGAGCAGAAGCAGUGCAAAACUUAGUUACGUCUGGUUUUGGGAUGAAGUUAAGGCAGCUAUCGAAGACUGGAACAUAUAUCACAACAGGCAAUUUUAUGUUCUUUCUUCUGGACACAAAUGACCAUCGCAAUUUGAGGUCGAAGUUAAUAGCCAGACUUAUCAGGCGUAGUGUUGAAAAUGAUCCUGGUUUUAAGGUGAAAUCAAUCAGGGAUGCUGUGAAGGAAGCUUAUAAGGUGGAUGUGAAGUACAAGAAGGCAUGGCAUGCAAGAAGAAAAGCUAUCGAAGCGUGUUAUGGUAGCUGGAUCGACAAUUUCACAGAAUUGCCAUGGUAUUGUCUUCGACAUGUUCGGAAUAACAUGGUGGCGAAACACAAAAAACAAAUAGCUCGAACAAAUCUGGUGUGUUGGAAAAUGGGCAAGAAGAGGCAAAAUCACAAGUUUCUAAAAUUUCAGCAACAACUGAGAGAGUGCAAUGAAGCAGGUCUUGCUUAUAUGAUGGCUAUACCGAGGGGGAGGUGGAGUCUUGCCUACGAUCAAGAUUAUGCACGUUGGGGCAUGUUGACAACAAAUAUAUUUGAGAGUUACAACAAUGUUCUGAAGGGUGUUCGAUUUUUACCAAUUAGAGCUGUGGUGGAAUCGACUUUGGCGAAGACAAUUAAGUUCUUCCGUGAUCAGUAUGCAGAUGCCUUGAAGUGCAAUACUCCUAUCGGAGAUAAAUAUUGGAAGAAAUUCUGUAAGUAUGAGAAUACAGCAGCAACUCACAAAGUGGAGCUGUAUGAUUUCCAGCAACAAGUGUAUGGGGUCAUUACAGGUUGGCGUCAUAUAGGGAAAGGUGGUAAUGAACACAAAGUAGAAUACAGGGAUUGGCGUUGUUCAUGCAAGAAGUGGCAGACUUACAUGCUUCCUUGUUCGCACGCAUUGGCUGUAUGUCGGUGGAUUGGUGAUCACCCAGAAAACAUAAUACAUGAAUAUUAUAAGACGAGCACAUGGCGUGAGCAGUUUCGUCAUUCUAGGUUUGUUCCCGUCCCAAGAAGAGAAGAGUGGGUGUCUCCAGGGUGGAACCUUGUUCCUGAUUAUGUCAAUUUAGUUCUGUAUAAUGCCGUAGGGCGUCAACAACAGCGGCGAUUCUUGAUGUCCAUGGAUUAUACGGGCAGGGGUGCACGCAGAAGAUGUAGGAGAUGCGGUAGUCGAGAUCAUUUAACAAGGCAUUGUCAUCGUUCGCACCGCUUAGCUGAUCGGACUAGAUUGGAAGUCAACUGGGAUGCAAAUGGUUUCGAAAAUACUGAUGCUUUGAGCGACAUCUGCAAAAUGGUAGAAGACUACAAGAAAUCAGAAGAUGUCUGCCAAAAUUCAGUUUGUACGAAUCUCCUUCUUGAACUCACUUCUCAUUCUAUGAGUGCUUUAUCCCUUGGAGCACAUGAGAUACCAAUUUUGAUACCCACAAAAUCACUUGUUGAUCUUCAACCACAACCUUCUCAACCGGUUGGUAAAGUUCGCAAACGAAACAUUCCUCACCGUGGGAUUGGAGGAGGAAGGCAGAAAAUUGUUGAAGAAGAAGAACCAGAAUUUGAUUUUGAACUCAAUGCCGACUUGUUUCAAACUCCAACCCCCCAUCAUCAGGACGAAGCCAACCAAGAAGGUGAAUCUACAAAUAUGGAUAUGGAAUCUAGUCUACCUUUGGCGUUAGCAAGGCCGCGUAGAAAACUAAAGAAAGUCAAUCGCUACACGCCAUCCACUGCCCAACCCGAGGAGGAAUUGUAA